GAAGAAGAAUUUCCUUUGUGAUGGCAAGCGAAACGAUGUAGUUGCUCCUAUCGGAUCAUUUUCAGCUACUACAAAUUGUGUAAUUAGUGGUAUUACAGCAGACCCAGACAGACAUGUACCGCUGCAUGGCAAGUGUGUGUAGUGGAGGGAGAGUGUGUCCUUCCUUUGUGCCUGCGUACACCCAAUCACCAUCAUGGACGCUGAGAAACAGAGCAGAGGAGAGACAUCACAGGGUGGCUGAGCAGCAGCAGCAGCAGCGGCUGUGUUCAGUCCGCCUUAUAAGCUCCGCAGCCAAGAAAAGGAGAUCUCUGCGCAGUGCCUUCCCAGUGCUGGAGCAGCCCCUUCAGCCCAUCCACCAGCACGUGUAUGAAGCUAAUCUCCGAAACAGCAACGCCUGCCGUAAGAAGUUUAUAGAGUUGAGUGAGAAGGUGAGGAAAGGUGGAGGGGACAGCGCCAUUGCCAGACACACCCAGAGAAACAAGAAGUUGCUGGUCAGGGAUCGUCUGCGCCUCCUGUUGGAUGAUGAGGACUUUCUGGAGCUGUCACCAUUAGCUGGUCUGGGUCUGCCGUAUGGGGACAUCCCUUCAGCCGGCUGCCUGACUGGUGUUGGCAGAAUCAAUGGCCUGUGGUGUGUGUUCAUCGCCAAUGAUGCCACAGUGAAGGGUGGAACAGCGUAUCCAAUCACAGUGAAGAAACAACUACGAGCACAAGAAGUAGCCAUUCAAAAUCGCCUGCCUUGUGUUUACCUGGUUGACUCUGGAGGAGCUUUUCUACCACUGCAGUCAGAGAUCUUUCCCGAUAAGAACCAUGGAGGAAGAGCAUUUUAUAAUGAAGCCGUCAUGUCUGCCAUGAAGAUCCCUCAGGUGUCUGUGGUGUGCGGGUCAUGCACGGCGGGUGGAGCUUAUGUUCCCACUAUGGCGGAGGAGACAGUUAUCGUGCACCGCAUAGGCACAAUAUUCCUGGCCGGGCCACCACUUGUCAAGGCUGCCACAGGAGAGGAAGUGACACCAGAGGAUCUGGGAGGAGCCAGGCUUCACGCUGAAGUAAGUGGCUGUGUUGACCAUUUUGCCUGGGAGGAGAAGGAGGCAUACAGUUACACCAGAAACAUCAUAUCCACCCUGAACUUCCAACUGCCUGAGGAAGAGGAGGAGGAGGAGGAGGAGGAGGACAAGACAAGGAAGAGGAAAGCAGAAGAGGAGCCGCUGUAUAGUUCAGAGGAGCUUCUGGGUUUGGCUUCACAGAGUUAUAACCACAGUCUGGAUGUUAAAAUGGUCAUCAGUCGGCUGACAGAUGGGAGCCGCUUCCAGGAAUUUAAAGCUCGUUAUGGAACCACACUCGUUAAUGGCUUUGCAAAGAUACAUGGUCACCUGGUGGGAAUCGUAGCCAACAAUGGAGAGCUGUCACACCAGGCAGCGCUGAAAGGAAGCCAUUUUGUCCAGUUAUGCGACCAGAGAGGCAUCCCACUCCUCUUCCUCCAGAACACAGCACCCGCAGCAGCUCAGACGCUGUCCACAACACAGGCGGAGAUGCACAGUAACCGUCUGAAGGCUCAGGGUUCAAUGAUGUCAGCAGUCGCGUGUGCCUCUGUCCCCAAAAUCACUGUAGUGAUUGGUGGUUGCCAUGGUGCUGACAGCUAUGCCAUGUGUGGCCGGGCAUUUGACCCUAAUUUCCUGUUCCUGUGGCCCAAUGCCAGAGUGUCGAUGAUGGCUCCGGGACACGCCGACUCUCUGCUCCCCCUGGACAGUGAGCAGGAGGAAGAGCAGAAGAAGAAGCAGGAGGAUUACCUGAACCAGAGGUUAAAGGAGGAGAGCUCGGCUUUCUAUGCCUCUGGACGGCUAUGGGAUGAUGGAAUCAUUCUACCUCAGGACACCAGGAAGGUUAUAAGAGACUGCCUGGACAUCAUCAAACAGCAGCAAUAUCAACUUUCCACUGAAAAACUGCAGUCGGCACUUCUACGUAUAUAGAAGCUUCCUGUCGUUCUCCUUCACAGUUUGACUGAGAUCUACAAACAUCUGUCACUCUGAAAUUAAACUGCUGCUCAAGCCUGUUGGUCAUCUUUAGCAAUGUGUACCGAGGAGUUGCACCUACAAAAUAUCUCUGUUACAUACCAAGAGAGAGUUUUUUUUAUUUCGAUUAUAUAACAUUAAUAUAUUUUAACUACACAGGAUAUAAAAAUUUAGUUUUGCACAAUUAUUACAGUUUACAAAGAUUACAAAGACCAUUUCAUUGCCAAACUUAAUGAUCCAAACACUGCUUUUAAAGCUGGUGGGGGUGUGGUAUGGGCUCUGUAAAAUAAAGCAUUACCAGUUUUGGCCAGUUGGGGGCAGCACAGCAAUCUGUAUAUACAGCACUGGCAGGUUACACUAAAUCCUCAGGGCAUUUUGUAGAAGAUGAUGAACAUUAUGACCUGAACACAGCUGUGUGCGUGUGUUUGACUCACGAUCUGCUUUUAUCUGGUCAAAUAUCAGGAUGAAAUCU